AGACCUUUUUUUCCCCUCCCAAUCCUGACCACCAGAUCGCUUAGCCAUGGCACUGAAAGGCCGAGCCCUCUAUGAUUUCCACAGCGAGAACAAGGAGGAGAUCAGCAUCCAGCAGGAUGAAGAUCUAGUUAUCUUCAGCGAGACCUCACUGGACGGCUGGCUGCAGGGUCAGAACAGCCGCGGGGAGACGGGGCUCUUCCCUGCUUCUUACGUAGAGAUUGUCCGUCCUGGCAUCAGCACCAACCAUGUGGACUACUACACCAGUGGCGCAGGCUCCCUGGGCACCCAGGUGAGUUUGUAUAACAGUCCAAGUAUGGCCAGUCCAGCCAGGAGUGGUGGGGGCAGUGGCUUCCUCUCAAACCAAGGAAGCUUUGAGGAUGAUGAUGAUGAUGAUUGGGAUGACUGGGACGAUGGGUGCACAGUGGUAGAAGAGCCACGGGCUGGUGGCCUAGGUACCAAUGGGCACCCUCCACUCAACCUCUCCUACCCGGGUGCCUACCCCAACCAGCAUAUGGCUUUCCGACCCAAGGCACCCCUGGAAAGGCAGGACAGUCUGGCGUCUGCCAAGCGGGGCAGUGUGGUAGGGAGGAACCUCAAUCGUUUCUCAUGUUUCGUGCGCUCCGGAGUGGAGGCCUUCAUCCUUGGUGACGUGCCCAUGAUGGCCAAGAUUGCUGAGACAUACUCCAUCGAGAUGGGCCCCCGAGGCCCUCAGUGGAAAGCCAACCCCCACCCAUUUGCCUGCUCCAUAGAAGACCCCACCAAACAGACUAAGUUCAAAGGCAUCAAAAGUUACAUCUCCUACAAGCUGACACCCACCCACGCUGGCUCACCUGUGUACCGGCGCUACAAACACUUCGACUGGCUCUAUAACCGCCUUCUGCACAAGUUCACCGUAAUCUCGGUGCCCCACCUGCCUGAGAAGCAGGCCACGGGCCGCUUUGAGGAGGACUUCAUUGAGAAACGCAAGCGGAGGCUCAUCCUCUGGAUGGACCACAUGACCAGCCACCCUGUGCUGUCCCAGUAUGAGGGCUUCCAGCAUUUCCUCAGCUGCCUGGAUGACAAGCAGUGGAAGAUGGGUAAACGCCGGGCGGAGAAGGACGAGAUGGUGGGUGCCAGUUUCCUGCUUACCUUCCAGAUCCCCACGGAGCACCAGGAUCUGCAGGACGUAGAGGACCGCGUCGAUACGUUCAAGUCCUUCAGCAAGAAGAUGGACGACAGCGUCCUGCAGCUCAGCACCGUGGCCUCGGAGCUCGUGCGGAAACACGUGGGGGGCUUCCGCAAGGAGUUCCAGAAGCUGGGGAGUGCCUUUCAGGCCAUUAGCCAUGCCUUCCAGAUGGAUCCUCCCUUCAGCUCUGAGGCCCUCAACAAUGCCAUUUCUCACACCGGCCGGACCUAUGAGACUAUUGGUGAGAUGUUUGCAGAACAGCCCAAGAAUGACCUCUUCCAAAUGCUUGACACACUGUCUCUCUACCAGGGCCUGCUCUCCAACUUCCCUGACAUUAUCCACCUGCAGAAAGGUGCUUUUGCCAAGGUGAAGGAAAGCCAGCGCAUGAGCGAUGAGGGCCGCAUGGCUCAGGAAGAGGCAGAUGGCAUGCGGAGGCGAUGCCGCGUGGUAGGCUUCGCCCUGCAGGCCGAGAUGAACCAUUUCCACCAGCGCCGCGAGCUUGAUUUCAAGCAUAUGAUGCAGAGCUACCUACGCCAGCAGAUCCUUUUCUACCAGCGGGUAGGCCAGCAGCUGGAGAAGACCCUACGCAUGUAUGACCACCUCUGACCACAUAUGCAGGUCUCUUUUCACCUACACCCGGCCACUGCAGUCCACCCCACUCCAAGCCUCCCUGUCACCAGCAGUGACUCAGGAGCCCAGGAGUGGGUGAGGUGAGUGGUACCCCCUGGAGCAGUCUUCCCUCACUGUAGAGAUGGGUGAAUGCAGAUGGGAGCCCUCUGAGCCAAAGCCUGGGCUGCUGGUCAGUCCCUAAAGAUGGAGUUUCUCUGGAGACUUUAGUGCCUGCACCCAUGGCCACCAUACCCCGUUCAUUCCGUGCGCUCCCUAGACUGCUGUGGCCUUAGCCGAGACAUUGGUGACCAAGGCUGGAACAUGCCUGUCCUGGAUGCACUACUUUUCAAGAUGGAUAUCAGACAAUGCAGUAUGACAGGUGGCCUUCAAAGGAAACUCCUCAAGGGACCACAGAACUCUGCUGUUCAGGGGACACUUCAUGGACUAGGUGACAUUCCAGCAAUAUCUUGAAGAAUUACAAGGACUUACAAAAGACAGUAAAUGGAGUGAAGGACAUUUGGGGGAGAGGACCGAUGUGGUCCCCCUUCUUUCUUGCUUUUCCCAAGCAAGCUUGGUGUCCUUGCCUCCAUGAAUUCUGGUCUAUGUGACAGAGGGAAGGGAUUGUCCUUGCUCCAAGGUCCCUGGCUUUCCCUGCCUUACCCACGCCUCUGCGGGAGGGACUGCAGGUCAACUCCCUCCUAUGGGCCUUGGACUCCCCUCUACCUUGCUUGGGGGACCCCUUUACUUUUACUUGAUUAGGGGACUGUGCAGCAACUUUGCCUUCUCUAGGCUCUAGGAGCCCUGAGUCCUGGUGGUGCCUUUCUGGAGCGAACUCUCAAAAACUGCCAGUAGUAAUUUCCCAUUUCCUAGCAGGUUCAGGCCCCGAGUUCCCAGGCACCUUUGUUUCUGUGGCUUGAUCUUCUCAAAGCAUUCUCAUUGCACAGUGUGAAAUCUGACAGAAAGGAACCAGAAACCUGGGACUCUUUGACCCCCUGUGUUGCCAGAUUCACUGGUUAGGUUGCCUUGUCACUCACCUAUGUUUACAUCCUCUGGGAGUUACUGCCC